CUUCUCCGAUCUACAUUCUCUCUCUUCAAUUCAUCAAUUUCAGAAGAACUACAAAUCCAAAGAUGAAAACCAAAGCAAGUCAACACAACAGAUUCUUCCGAUUCGUCACUUUACCGGUGAAAUUCCUUGGAAAGGCUAGAGAUCUAUACGUCCGUAGCUUAACAGGAUACGCCGGUAAAGUCAAUUACGGCGGCGCCGUCAACACUAAAGGUUCCACCGCCGCAAAAAAGAUCUCUGGACUUCCGAAGAGUUUCAGCGUCGGAACUGUAAGUAGAAGGCCAAGCGAGAGUGAAGAUUACAGGGAGUUGCUUAGAGCUGCGUCGACGAGGACUCUCGGAGACAGGGGUAUUGAUAUUGAUAAUAAUAGUAAUAAUAAUAAUAGAUCAGGACUGUAUAUGAAGCAAAUUCAGCGGCCGGCGGUGGCGGCGGCGGCUCCGGUGGGUACUUCUAGAAGCUGUAGCGUGGGGAUGGGAAGGAUUGAUGAGGAAAGGGAAUCUGAUUUUGAUGAAGAAAAAGGUAACGAAAGUGGUAGAGGAAAGGUUGGGUUGAUGUAUCCAAGAAGUAAAAGCUAUGCUGUGUAAAUACUAUUGUGAUCUGAUUUGAUUUUGGUUAUCUUCUUCUCCAUCUCUCUUUUUGUUGUUAUUGUUGAUUUUCCAAGAAUUUUGAAAUGGAGAUUCUAUAAUUUCAUCUGCUCCUAUAUGUAUG